UCUGUGCAUGCCCAGUUGACUUCCUAUUUCCGAUUUCGUGUUAUUCGGCUUACAUCGUGAUUUUGUGGAACACAGUGUUUUUAAUUAAUUUUAAUUUUUGUUUACUUUGAACGUUGGCUUUGAGUGCCGAGUGGUGGUAAGUGCCGCCGACCGCCAUAUUGUGAAGUCUUGGUAACCGCGGCGUAUUGAGAUCGAUCAUCUCAAAAAAUGGUUGGCUCCAGGGUCUAUGUUGGUGGUUUACCCUUUGGGGUUCGUGAAAGAGAUUUAGAAAAGUUCUUUAAAGGAUUUGGAAGAAUCAGAGAUAUCCUCAUCAAGAAUGGCUACGGAUUUGUGGAAUUUGAAGACUAUAGAGAUGCAGAUGAUGCUGUUUAUGAGCUCAAUGGAAAAGAAUUAUUAGGAGAAAGGGUCGUGGUGGAGCCGGCGAGGGGCAUCGACCGCAGCGCGGACCGCUACCGGCGUGACCGCUACUACGAGCGGGACCGAGGCCGCUCUCGUUACGACUUGUAUUCCAACGACAACAAUUACAGAUAUGGGCCGCCGACGCGUACCGAGUAUCGGCUAGUCGUCGAAAAUCUGUCAAGCCGCAUUAGCUGGCAGGACCUAAAGGAUUACAUGCGUCAAGCUGGCGAAGUCACUUACGCUGAUGCGCAUAAACAACACAGGAAUGAAGGUGUCGUUGAAUUCGCGACCCAUUCCGAUAUGCGAGCUGCUAUUGAGAAACUAGAUGGCACAGAACUGAAUGGCCGCCGUGUUCGUUUGGUGGAGGAUCGUCGCUCUUCUCGCCGCAGGUCACGCUCUUCAUCCAGCCGCUCUAGGAGUCGCUCCCGUGACCGCCGUCGAUCACGAUCGAGGUCCCGUUCUCGUCGCUCUUCCAAGAGCCGCUCUCGUUCUAGAUCUCGCCCGAAGAGCAAGAGUCCAGUGGCAAAGUCUAGAUCCAGAUCUAGAUCUAAGGAACGCAGCCGCUCUAGAUCGGGGUCCAACAACGAGACGAGACAAUCGCGCUCCCCGGUACGCAACGAGACCAACGGGAAAUCUGCUUCACCCUCGCCCAAACGCGAAUCUAAGGAGCGCUCACGUUCUCGUUCUCAUAGCAAGGAGGUUGUAUCGCCAAAGCGAGACGAGGGUAAAGUUAGCAAAUCUCGUUCCCGUUCUCGCUCUGGAUCCCGCUCAAGAAGUGGUUCUCGCGAGCGUUCUCGCUCAGCCUCGCCCCGACAAAACGGAGAGUCACAAGAGCGCCGUAGUAUCGACCGCUCACCUAGAAGCGGCGAAUAAGAUAAAUCGCACGAUUUACCUUAUUAUAUAAGGCGGCCCCUUUAUUAAUUAAAAAGUUUUAUUCUGCAUUCAAUUUUUAUCACUUACGUUCGUUAAAUGUCUGGUUGUGAACGUCUAUUAAGUACGACUAUUGUAGCCGAUACUGGCAACUGUUUGGGAAUGCAAAAUUUUUCAUUGAUUAAUAAGGAGGCGAAAAUAGGAUACUAAGAGUAUGAAUGUUCUCUUUUUGUUAGCAAUUUGCUAUGUAUGAACGACCAGGGUUGCCAAAUAAUUGUGUUACAUGUAACUAUUAAAUCCUAUUGGACAAACAUCAAACCAGAAGUAUUAACCAGGUUUUUAAACACAUGACCUAAGGUUUGAUAUUGUGUAUUGAUGCGGUGUUGUACUAGACUGUUAAAUCCGCGAAUAACUAAUAAAUAGUACAGACGAUGUUUUUAAUUUGCAAAUACCUUACAACAUAUACUUAUGGUAAAGUAUAAAAUUUACUAUUAACAUUUUGACAACCCUAUAAAUAUAUAGGUUAAGAUAAUUUUGUAAAUACGGUUUUCGAUUUAAGGCACCAAAAAUAAAGUAUUAAGAUUUAAAA